AUGGAAGUCAUCGCAGCAGGCGCGUCUUGGAUGCUAAACAAAGCACCAUCUCCUCAGAAGAUGCUCGGCAACAUUGGCCUCGUAUCUCUUGCCGCCUGGUCGGACCUAUCGUCCAAGCUAUCUCCCAACGCAUCGAUAACACUACCCAACGAUGCUGGGUUUGGAGGCCUGAUUAGUCGAUGGCGUGACUGGCAUGCACCUCAAGCUGGAGCCGUUGUGACGGCGUUUACAGAGGCUGAUGUGCAGGAGACAAUCCGUUAUGCGAAUGAGAACGGAAUACCCUUCCUUGCGCGAUCAGGUGGACAUGGAGCAACUGAGGCGUUGCAGUUCGCAAAAGAUGCCAUCGUCGUUGAUAUUCGUGGCAUGAAUGAAGUUAAGCUUGUUGAAGAUGGAAAGUCUGCGACUAUCAGUGGAGGAGCCAGUGUAAAGAAGGUCGUCGAUACUUUGUGGGCAGCAAAGAAGCAAACAGUCACCGGUAUCUGUGAGUGCGUCGGCUUAUCAGCACCUAUCCUUGGUGGAGGCCACGGAUGGCUACAGGGCCAGUAUGGAGUUGCCUCCGAUCAAGUCAUCUCUGCAAGAGUAGUACUCCCUAAUGGUGAAGCCGUGACAGCUUCUGAAGACUCUAAUCCCGACCUCUUCUGGGGUCUACGCGGAGCAGGACACAACUUUGGUAUCGUCACAGAAUGGCAGUACCGCAUCUACGACGUUAAAAACCCGAAAUGGUCUUAUGAGGUUUUUAUCUUCUUGGGUGAUAAGCUUGAAGAGAUCUUUGAGUUGACGAACAAGAUGAUGAAGAACCAACCACCACAUAUGACCCAUUGGAUUUACAUCGUCAACAUCCCAGAGAUUGACCCAGAUAAGCCCAUUAUCUGGUACGCCAUCAUCUCAGAUGGCACAGUCGAAGAAGCGCGCGAAUACGCCAAGCCUCUCCACGACAUAGGUCCUAUAAACGUCAACGCAGACGCAGUCCCAAUGCCCGAACUCGCCCAGGUCACCCUCAUGGGCGAAGACACAGUCGCCUGUGCAAAAGGCUCCACAAGUCUUCGCUACCCGAUCGGUCUCAAAUCCUACAAUCCCCCCGCCGUCCGUAAGGUUUACGACUCCAUCGCCGAAAUCUCCCAUCGCGUUCCCGAACUUGCCGGCUCAUUCUUUCUGCUGGAGGGUUACUCUACCCAAGGCGUCAAAGCGGUCGAUGCAGCCAAGUCAGCAUUUCCUCACCGUGAUGACGAGAUCUUGAUCACGUCGGUUAUCCAGUAUAAGCCCAAUGCUACGCUGGAUGCAUUGGCGCAGGAGCAUGGGCGGAAACUGAGGGGUUUGUUGCUCGAGGCUAGUGAUGAGCCGGAGCAUUUACUUCUUGUCGUCAACGAAAUUCGUCAUCUUGAGCAGCUCUUGGGAUCUAUUGUCAACCAGUUGCCUGCUCAGCAGCAGGGUCCUUCUUCUGAUUCGCCGAGUAUCAAGAGCCCUGCUAGCACUUACAUCACGCAUGGUUCGUUGCAGGGUUCGCUGCAGUCUUCUAGCGGCAGUGGAGAAAGUACGGAAGUCAAGCCUGGACGAAUGAUGGCCAAUCCGAAUGAGACUAUUUAUGUUUCUAGCAGUCAUUGGUCUGCUAUUUGCAAUGAGGUCGAUUCUAUCCGUGAGCAUCUCGAUGAGACAAAUGAGUCUACAGAUCUGGGCAUCACGGAUCAAGCUCAGAGUCAGGUUCCCAUGCUUCUAGGCUCAGGAAGAGUACAGCCUAGUCUCGACGAGAUUCUGGCAGAUAUGCCUCCCAAGCAUAUCACAGAUAGACUUGUAUCACGAUACUUUACCGCAACUGAACCCUCCAUUAUGAUCACCCACACCGGAGAGUUUGAGAUCGAAUACAAACGCUUCUGGAACGACCCCCACUCCGUCUCAGUUCAGUGGAUCGGCAUGCUCUUCGGCGUUCUCGCAACAGGAACAUUCCUCUACAUACGCUCCCAAGACGACCUACCCGAAGGUCUUGGAGCACCUAUGGAAGUAGCAGAAGGAUUUCACCGGCGCUGCACAGACUGUUUGUUCCUAUCCAAGUACUCCACUGCGCCGGGUAAGUAUACUCUCGAAACGGUGCUGUUCAACAUCCACGGUGAAUUCGUCCGUCGACGCGAUGCUCACCUUGGUGUUUGGAUCUUGACCGGUAUUGUUGUCCGUUUGGCGAUGAGAAUGGGUUAUCAUCGUGAUCCGGAUAAUUAUCCUCGUAUUUCUCCCUUCCAUGGCGAGAUGCGGAGACGAGUCUGGGGCGUUAUUCAACAGCUCGAUAUCCUGACGUCUUGCCAACUUGGCUUGCCUUCUCUUAUUCAAGAAUCGCAGUGCGAUACUAGACUGCCAAGGAAUAUUACGGAUGACGAUUUUGGACCUGAUUCUACUCGACUUCCCCCACCGAGACCGGACACCGUCAUGACACCAGUUUUGUACACACGGGUCAAGGUCAGAAUGAUGACUAUCUACAGAACAAUAUUUAACCAAGUUUCUCUUGGAAAGACGGAGAAUUAUGAGGAGAUUAUGGCACUUGAUCAUAAACUUCACCAGAUGCAUCAGUCUAUGCCACCUUGCUUCCAGAUCGCCAAAUUGGAAGAUUGCAUCAUGGUUGCGCCUUACAUCCUUAUUCGACGCUAUAACCUCGAGCUUCUCUUUCAAAAGGCGAGAUGUACACUGCAUCGCCAUCAUAUGACGAAGGCGUACCAGGAUCCCAAGUACAAUUACUCCCGAACAGCCUGCGUCGACUCAGCCAUGACUGUUCUUGGACACCAAGCAAGUAUUCUCAAAGAAGUUCAAGUCGGGGGUCUUUUGUACAAGGAUCGAUGGUUCCUCACAUCCCUUGAGCGUCAUGACUUUUCGCUUGCUUCAAUGGUUGUUUGUCUUGAACUUAGCAAACCACCUGAGCAGCAGAAUCCCGAACUCGUGGGCUACUCCAGAGAGGAUAUGAUUCAAGCACUGAAGACUUCACAAGUAUUCUGGGCGGCGCUCAAGGCUGUGUCUGCCGAAGCAAAACAGGCCUACGAUAUGCUUACAGUAAUGCUGAAUGCUGUUUCCGUCAACGAUAAAGCUUCAACAGCUGCAAUGGAGAAGAUUGUCAGCAAUGAGAAGGCAGCUACUCAGAAUGGACACGUGAAUGUGAACAUGCCUGACCCGAGUGAGACGCCGUUCUCGAGCGAGUUCCAGGGUCUUGAAGCUAUGCUGAACAACUCUGAACCUGUGGACUGGGAUAUGUGGGAGUCGCUUGUUCAUAUGCCUGAUGAGUUUUCGAAUUAUGAGAUGUCGGAGGAACCUCAGACUUAA